AUGGACUUCCUCACUCUCCUCUCCACUGGCUCAAAUUCUUGUGGUCAGCUUGGGAUCGGGAAUAUCGACGACGUCCACCGGUUCACACCCUGUAUCUUCCGCGGCGCCGCCCUAGGAUCACUACCAGAACACGUGGUUGGUAUAGAGCAGAUCGCUUGUGGUGGUAACCACACACUUGCCUUACUUCGAACCGAUGACGGGAAGACAAAGCUUUGGGGAUGCGGAGAUGGGAGGAAAGGUCAGCUCGGUCCUAGCUACACUUCAGAAGUCAGGGAGAAGGCAGAGAACGCGGCCGUCUUCCGUCGCCUCGACCUGGGUGCACACCUUGAGCGUGCCGGCAUACUCUCCGGUAUAUCCGAAGAAUAUGAUACUCGUCUAAUUGCAGCGGGCUGGGAGACAACGUACGCGGUACUCUCAUAUCCGAAUCGCAGUGAUGUCCUCCUCUCCAUGGGGUCAGAUGACUACGGCAACCUCGGUGUCGAUACAAACACCCAGAGAACAAGGCAUGACAUAUACGUCGUGGAUCUUCGUCGUGCAGUUCGAGCUCCGGACGACUCGAUGAGCACCAUAACCGUUCUAUCUCUUGCCGCCGGUCCCCAUCAUACCAUCGUUCACGUCCGUCUACGUGAUCCGGACGGCUCGUCCGUGACGUACUUCGCCGGCUGGGGUACGUCGCGGCACGGUCAACUUGGGCCUAUCCUCGACUCCUCUGCUCGGCCGGUCCCCACUUGCCCAACGCCCGUUCUGAUCCCGUCAGCCACCCCCACAGAUGUCUGUGCCUCUAUAGCCCUCGGGAGGCACCACACCGUGUACAUGCAGACAUCAGGAAAGCUCGUCGGAUUGGGCUCGAAUCGCAAAGGGCAGCUCGACGAGCUCAGCACGCUUGACGACGUGGAACAGGUCGGGUGCACAUGGAACGGGACGUACGCCCUCCUACGCUCCGGGACCGUUGUCGCGACGGGGAGCAACACGCACUCGCAGCUCGGGCGUGGCCCGACCGUGCUCGUCCCGCAGAGCGCGCUGCAACCGGUCGCGUUCCUGUUCAGCUCCAAGACACAUCGCGUCGCGUCACUCGUGUGCGGCAGCGAGCAUGUCCUGUGCUUGGUCGACGCGGGACAACAUGGACUGCACAGGGAAGUAUGGGGAUGGGGUUGGAAUGAGCACGGGAACCUCGGGACUGGCGGGACGGCGGAUACGGGUGUUCCACUGAGAGUGUGGCCGCCAGCGUCAUCUGCCGCCUCGUGCGCAAAUGCGGAUGCGGAUGACUCUACGCAAUCGCGAGAGGGUUCAGGCAACCAGCGCCAUGGCGACGUGCUGAACGUUUGGGCAGGCUGCGGAACCAGCUGGAUUCUGGUCAGGAAGUAACGCCUGCCGAAUGUCAGGCAGUGCCACAAUCCUUCGACGAAGCUUGAGAUCCGCGUACUCGUACCGCAAGACUCGGGCUGUGGAUCGUGCACCGUACGGAUCACGUUGUCUCCGGGGCUCUGGUCGCGCAUAUAACAGCGGACGCAUCGUAGGUUUACAGCUGUCCAGCAGCCGUAUCUGGAGUGUCCGAACCCAUUCGAGCUAUCAACGACAUCCGUUAUGACGCGGCUUUGUGCAUCGAUAAAGCCGUCGAGCAAGGCUUCGCGGCAGCAUUACACACCCACUAUCAAGACAGCGCUGCUGCAUACGCGUAUACCGCCAACCUCAAUAUCUAGCAGCUUGCGAUCGGAAGUACGGUAGCUCCCCAUGUAUUGAUG